AUGGUAGACAAGGUAUGUCCCUGGGCUAGUGGCAAAGCGCUCGGAGGAGGCAGUGUUAUCAACUUUAUGAUUUACAUUCGCGGCAACUCCGAAGACUACGACCGCUGGGAAGAGCUAGGUGCAACCGGAUGGUCAUACAAGGACGUGUUGCCAUUCUUCAAGGACAUAGAAAACUUCAUGAUCCCAGAAUACGUCAACAACGGUUAUCACAGCACAGAGGGGAACGUUCCUGUUACAAUGAAUUCGUUCCAGUCCUUACUGAGCGAAAAGUUCUUGGAAGCCUGCGCACAGAAAGGAUAUAAACGGAUCGAUUACAAUGGAGCCACUCAGGAAGGCUAUUCCCAUGUCCAGAACAAUAUUUUUAACGGACGACGUGUGAGUGCAAGCAAGGCCUGGAUUCUACCUAUCAUUGACGAAAGGCCGAACCUUCACAUCACAUUGAACAGCUUCGCAACGAAAAUAAUCCUGGAUGGAAAGACUGCCGUUGGCGUUAUGUUUGAAAAGGAUGGGCAGCGUUACACCGUGAAAGCUAACCAAGAGGUUGUCCUGUCUGCUGGUGCAUUGAGGUCGCCACAAUUACUGAUGGUGUCCGGCAUCGGCCCAAGGAAACACCUCAAAAGCUUAAAGAUUCCGGUCAUAGCUGACCUACCAGUAGGGGAAAACCUUAUGGACCACGUUACUGUUGGAGGA